UCCUCACACCCUCCGGUAUAAGUCUGGGCAACUCACUUCUCACUGCUUAUUCAAACCUCGAGGUGAAUCCCGGAGCCUCCACCAAACAGCACCAUGUAUUCAGAGCUUGAGUGCGGAAUUUGUUACCGGAUUUAUAACGCAGGUCGACGGUGUCCCCGGGAGCUCCACUGCAAACACAGCUUCUGUGAGAGCUGCCUGCUGGCCCUCUCACGAGCUCCUCCUCGGGGGGGAGCCGGUGAUGAGGCACGUCUGGGAGCCGACAGGUCCAUCGUCUGCCCGCUGUGUCGACAUACCACAUCCAUCCCGGGCGACAGACGGAUCAGAGUCGAGCUAAGGGUGGAUGAAGACGUCCUGGAGCGGCUACUAGCUGUGGGAGUCCUCGAUAGAGAGGACGAGGACGACCAGGAGGAGGAGGAAGAGGAAGGUCGCGUUCUAGAAGGCAGCGAUGACAACGAAGAGAGGACGCUUCCCGGGACUACAGCCGAAGAAAGCAACUCUUCCCCGGGCUCUCGAGGAGGCAGGCUGCGGCGGUCCUGGAGUAAAGUUUGGAGGACGAUUAGCGGAAGGAGUUCACGACAAAACUGUAUGACCAACGAUGACAUGAGGAACCUCGCCAUGAUGGCCAGCUACAUGUUUUAAGGAAUCUACUGCUUCAGAUAACCUGGACAAUAUUUAUAUAAUUUAUAUUUAUUCUAAAUCGGUGGCCCUUAACUGAUGGGUCAUGACCAAAAGUUGGUCGAUGAGCUGUUUUCAUUGGGUCAUGAAUGUAGUAAAUGUGGCAAAAAAUCUAUGAUGUACGGAAGCCCUAAGCAGACACACAUAAUAUAUUUAAUUCCAUUACUCUGUUGGUUGUGAGUAUUUUCUUUCUUUGUGAACUCUACAUAUGUAUCAAUGUCCUGGGAUAACAAAACUGGUUUUCCUAUUACAAGGUGUUGAGAAAAUACGCAUUUUUAAAUAUUCUCACAGGAAACAGAGUGAAAUCAAAUAUGAAUGCACUUUUAAAAAUGUUUGUUUUAUCGUAUGUUUUGUGCCAUUUAACCUCCAAAUGGCAACAUUUUCAUUGAUUAAUUCAAGUGGUCGAAAUUGUAUGGAAAUUUGUGUUGUAAUUUCUCAUGAAAAGCUGGUAGUGGGUCCUCAAAAUAAACCAGUUGAGAUCCACUGUGUGUGGACCACUCUGUCACUGUGAAACAAAAAUGAAAAACUUUUGAAUUUAGAAUAACAAUUUUUUUACGACUGUUACUGUACUUAUGUAUAUUAUUUAUUACUUUAAUUAUAUUUAUUUUUAAAUCAACAUGUGUUAAAUAUAUUCAAGUGUAAAUAAACGAGUAUUGGUCUAAACUUA